AUGAAGAUAAUCACAUUAUUAUCCUUCAUAUUCCUACCUACCAUACUAAACCAAGAAGUACUUAAGAAAUCAAGUACUAGCAAUCGUCGUGGUUCCAGUUCUGCAUUAAUGAACUCUAGUAGGACAGCACACAAGGAAGAAAAGAAUGAUGAAAUACAUGGGAGGUCAUUUGGUGGUGAAUUCGACUUAUCAUGGUUAUCAAGAGGAUCGAACCGAAAAUAUGCAUUUAAAGAGGAGGGAGAAGCAAAUGCUAAAGGUUAUUUCAAUCGACAUGGACGAGGGGAAUAUGACAGUCUGUCAACUCGUUCAUCCAGAUUCAAGGUGAAGGGUUCAUAUGACAAGUAUGGAAGGCGCACAUUCCAAUAUUCGAAAUUGAAGAGAGGUGGAAAACGAAAGAGUUACUUGAAAAGAUUUUCCUUUGACAAUGUCGAUAUCAAUGGUAAUGUAUCAUAUAGACGUAGAAGUAUGGGAUUAGGAUCAAACAGUGAAAAUGCUAAACAUGUCAAAAUAAAACUCAGUUUUGAUAGUGAUUCUGGUAGAAAAUCUUCAGGAGGAAAUAAGCAUAGUAAAUCCGUAAGUGGACGUAAUGUUGGAAAAGAGGAACAUACUUCUCAUUCGAAUAGCUCUCAAGUUUUAAUUACUUUUAAUAAUCGAAGAUGA